CUGACCUCCUCUGCACUGUGCACUCUCUACCUUUGACAUCGACGAACUAGACAUCCCGACAUAUUAUGUCGCUGACGAUGCCACCACCCACGGAAGAGCAGCUUAAGGAGAUUAUACAGGGCCCUUCGGACGUCGAGUGGCGAUAUGAGAUGCGAAGAGAAUGUCAAGAGAUCUUACCCAAUGUCCUUCUUGGUCCGUUCCAAGCGUCGAAAUCUCUGGAAACGUUGCAGCGAUUAGGUAUUACGCAUAUAGUAUGCAUUCGCGAUGCGAAGGAGGCAUUCUCUGUGAAGCCACGAUUUCCGGAUCGGUUCGUAUACCUUACGCUAGAUGUACAGGAUAACGAGGAGCAGAACCUGAUUAGCCUAUUUCCAAAAGCGAAGAAGUUCAUCGAUGAAGCCCUUCAGAAUGGCGGACGAACCCUCGUGCAUUGUAACGGUGGAAUCAGCCUCUCACCUGCGUUCGUCGUCAUGUACGUCAUGCAGCACUACCAAAUGAAUUGGGAAGAUGCGUUACACACGGUACAAAAUCGGAGGUAUUGUAUCUCCCCCAACGGAGGGUUCCUUACUCAAAUAAAGGAGUAUGAAUCGAUAUACAAAGCGAACAUUGCUGUGAUGUCGAACCCAAGUCGGAUAGCGAGUCCGCCGACAAGGAGGAAAAGAGAAGAGGAGAGCGACGAUGACGAAGAUUUAAGAGAGGAGAGUCGAAAGCGAGCGAUCCGGCCGUUAAACGGGACUACGGAUAUGCCUAUGGCGUCUCCGACAUCUUGGACUCCGUCAUCGAAUGAAUUAGAGCGCGAUCCUGAUGCUAUGGAGACCUGACACUUUCAGGUUUAAUUUCAACUCCGGACCGUUUGUUCGCGCUCUUUGUGGUUUUCGUUAUUCUUCUUUCUGUCUUCCGGUAUUAUUCGUCAUUCGUUGAACGUCAUCCUUGUGGUUUUGCCGUUGUUGUUCACUCUUCUCUGAUACGCCAAUUCGGACCAAUUUCACCUGGUCUCUCGCCACGCCUCUGUAUUAUCCUAUCUUCUAAUAUUUAAUCUAUAAAGCUUCCAUCACACGUAGGGAGUCGUCCAUCAUCCAUCGU